AUGCCAACCACGCUCACGACCCCUCUAACCCUCCUCAUCCCCGCCGAACCCCUCACCGCGCACGCCUUCUCCCCCUUCGGCGACGUAAUCGAGAACCCUCACCCGGACAUCCGCCCCUCCGCCUCCCUCCCGCCGAACCUCUCCCACGCCGCCGUCUCCGCGAACCAGGGCACCGCGAUCAAGUACCAGAACGUCUCCACCCCUCUCAACCUCUACCCGCAGGCCCCAUCGAAGUCCGGCAAGCCCAUCGUCAGCAUCUUCUCCUGCGCCGCCCGCGCCCUCGAGCCCGCCGCCCCGCCGCCGACGCCGCCCAUCUCAACCCUCCUGCCGUACACCUACGCGGGGCCCUCGUCCCGCGGUGGGCGCUUCCGCGUGGAGGUCCUCGAGCGUCACCCCUUCACCACGCAGACCUUCGUCCCCUUCGCGGCAGCCGGCGGGGUGGCGGGCGCGGCGUACCUGGUCAUCGUGGCGCCGACGUUGCCGGAGACGGGAACCACAGAGAACCUGCCCGCCCCGCAGAGUGGAGGCCGCGGCCGCGGAUUACCGGAUCUGAAGGGGCUGAAGGCGUUCGUGGCGAGCCCCGGGCAGGCUGUGACGUAUGGGGCCGGGACGUGGCAUGCGCCGAUGGUGGCACUGGGGCCGCAGGGAACGGCGAUCGAUUUUGUCGUGAACCAGUUCGCGAGCGGAGUUGGCGUCGAGGAUUGCCAGGAAGUCGUGUUUGAGGCUGCGGGCGAGGGGGCCGGGAUCGUGGUGCAGGUUCCGGAGAGGAUGCCGGUUAUUGCGAAGCUGUGA